AUUAUUUAUUUAAUCUUUCUCUUAUAUAUAAUCCAAUAAGCAUAUGCAUAGUUAAUCCAAACAACAAUCUCUAUUCAUUCCCAUAAAAGAGAAAACCAUCAUAAACUUCAUCUUCACUCACCAGUCACCACCACCACCUCCUCCAAGUUCAAGGUAUUCAAAACAUGGAAAUAAAGAAGUAUUUAAGCAGACGGGGAUACCGGCGUCUCGACUAUGGCAUGACCACCACCGGCCGACGAAAGAAGAUGCAGGUAAUUCGGAUGAGAAGUCCACGUAGGGAUUGGAAGAUCAGAACAAGCCCAAAGCUAAGAUGGAUGAUAAGAUCACCAUUGAAAUUGUUGACAAAAGUCAAGAAUACGUAUAUGAACUUUAUGUUGAAGUUGGCUGGUAAUGUAGGAGGGGCCUUAAACACUGAUAACAAGUUUGGUAUGAAACGGAUUCCAAAGGCUCGUCAAGUGUCUAAAGGUUAUUCUGGUGAUGCGUUUGAGGCUAGGCUUAUAUUUGAGAUUUCUAAGACCUUGGUGGCUUCACAUGAACUAUAUUCUAUGUAAUUGUUUGUUUCUUUGUUUUCUUAGAAUUUUUGUAAAAAAAUUCACGUGAUUCCCAUUUCCCUAUUAGGAUGUGUUAAUUACUUAAUUCAACUGUAUCAUAUUUUUAUAUUUUUAUUGUUCGAUGUAUAAGUUAGUUUUCAUCACUGAAUCAAUAAAUCUUACCAUUAAAUCAAA